CUUGCGUUGUGGAGAAAAGAAAGAAGGAAGAACAAAAGGGCAAAGCAUAUCCUCUUGCGUCCGUUGUGAUCGGGUCACAACCCUGCAAGUGCCAGAAACAAACAUGUCGACCAGUAGCUGCUUCGGUUUCACGUACCGAGUGUGGCAACGAAGAAAACCCAUCAUGGAGGUCUCGCCGUUGAGUCCCCACGACGAGAUUCCAAUCGAGUUUCGCAUAACUAAGGUACAUGGAGUGCAGAAAUUCAUCUGCGCAGAUGACGACGAUCCGGUAUCUUCCUCGCUAGAAAAACUUCCGUUACAUUCAGAAACCGUCUCGGUUCCCGAAGAUGCGGCGCUGUUACCCGACGGUGGUGUUCGUCUGCGGUCUGUUCUUCGCACCAUGGAGGUCGGACAUGAGUAUGUAGAUCGAAUAUCAUCAGAUAUAUCAAGGGUGGCUCAACUCCGAUUCCCUGGAGGCUUCCUGUCGUCCAUUGUUGUUGCCCUAGUGCACAUCGUGGCAGUCAUAGUACUGGAGGUUGAUGACGAGUCCGAGUCCGAACCAGAAUACGUGUCAGAGUCCGAUUUUGAUUCUUCGAUGGAUACCGUGGCGGCGACGAAAUCUUCGAUCGCGACAUUGGAGAAGAUAAUCCUGGAAGAAGGGGGGAUGGGAAAGUACUGCAUGAUAUGCAUAGAAGAGUAUGAGGGUGGGAUGGAAAUCACGCGCAUGCCAUGCUCCCAUAUCUUUCAUGGAGAUUGCAUUGUCAUAUGGUUGCUGACAAGUCACCUCUGUCCUCUGUGCCGAUACCCGAUGCCAUCAUCAGACUAGCGUAGAGGGACUUUAAUUUCUUCUUGAUCUGUUUUUGUUUGUUUGUUUUAUUAGGGAAUUUAGGUUCCCAUGAA